AUGGCCAUGCUACGGGUGUCGUCGUACCGAAAGCAGUUUGAAGAACAAGGCUGGGGGCGCAAUGGAGGGUCCCCUCUGCAGUGUGCGGGCCAGUACCGCGCCUCCGCCAGGAAAGCUGCUGUUGAUAGUUGUGAUUGUGACAAGUUUGACUUUGGAGCCUCCAGAAUAUUAAACAAGGAGAGUUUGAGUAGGUUUGUUCAAGACCGGACCAUCAUUGCUGCUCUGAACGACCGCUUAGUCAAGCUCAUUGAAUUGGCCCACUGUUUUGAGGAGGAAAAUGAAUUUCUUGAAUGUCAGAUUGUGGAUUUGGAGAACAAGCUGAGCAGAAGAGAAGGAUCCAUUAGCUCCUCUGUGGCUGUACCAGACUCAGGGCUGGAUGCAGUGGUGCAGAGACUGUGCAGAGAGCGGGAUGAGAUUCUGUGUGACAGCGAGACACUGCAGAAAGAGCUGCAGAGUCUGAAGUUGGACUGUGAGAAGGUGGCUCAGCAGAGGUCACUGCUCCAGGAGCAACGCCAGUGUGUAUCCGAGGUGGUGGAUGCAGUGACCGCUGAAUGCCUGGCGUUGAGGGAACAAGUGUCUAUCUAUGAAGAGCAGCUGGCCAAAGUAGAAGGCCAACACGAGACGACUAUGGAGAGUCUUCUGGAGCCUGCAGAGGGGUCCGCAGGAGAAGUGGCAGCCAUUACAUUUGGCAUCCCUGACAUCACUCCAGCCUUGGAUUUAAAGGAGUACUACUGGCAGCUGGCCGAGAGCCUGCAGUACGAGUGUGGAGUUUCUUCGUCUGCCUCGAUCCGCAGUGAUGAUGGAAAGCUACUGGAAGCUGGAGGAGCUGCUGGGUCAAUGGUCAAAAGCUCGCCUCAGAUAAAGGAUAUCGGUGAAAUGAAGGCGCUGGUCUCAUCACUGCAAAAGGAACUAGCAGAAUUGGAGAAGAUCAAUGGGGAACUGGAGGAGCAGGUUGACAUAAACAAGGCUUUGUACGGCGAGGAGAUUGCAGAUCUGGAGUACACUGUAGACGAGAUGAAGCACCAGGAAUCUGAGCUGCAGUUAGAGAUGAAGGAGCAGUGUGAGGAUUACAAGGAGCUGCUGCAGGAGAAGAUGGCCCGAGACAUGGAGAUCACUGCGUACAGGGGUCUGGUGGAGGAAGAGGAGAGGAGAUGGUGCAUCCUGUGA